CUCGGCCCACCCCUCUUGCCCUUUGCCCGCCUGCCCAGUCGGACAUGCUCGGCCAGGACAGCGGACUCCCCAUGGCUUUCCCGGGCUGCAGGCUCACCCUGCUGUGCUUUCUGCUGCUGCUCCCAGGGUCCCUGUCUGCAGUCUUCAUAAGCCAGGAGGAAGCACGCGGGGUCCUGCACAGGCAGAGGCGUGCCAAUGCCUUCCUGGAGGAGCUGUGGCCCGGCUCCCUGGAGCGGGAGUGCAUGGAGGAGCGCUGCUCAUUUGAGGAGGCCCGGGAGGUCCUCAGGACCCCUGAGAAGACGAACCAGUUCUGGGUCACAUACACUGAUGGGGACCAGUGUGCCUCAAAUCCUUGCCAGAAUGGGGGCACCUGCCAGGACCACCACCAGCUGUACAUCUGCUUCUGCCUCCUGGGCUUCAGUGGCCGGAACUGUGAGACAAACAGGAGCACCCAGCUGAUCUGUGACAAUGAGAACGGCGGCUGCCAGCAGUACUGCACUGACCGUGCAGGGGACACGCGUGUCUGCAGGUGCCACAAGGGGUACACGCUGCAGCCAGACAGGGUAUCCUGCAUGCCCACAGUUGAAUAUCCAUGUGGGAAAAUACCACUUCUGGAAAAAAGAAAGAACAGCAGCAUCCAAGGACGGAUUGUGGGAGGCCGGGAGUGCCCCAAAGGGGAGUGUCCGUGGCAGGCCAUGCUGGUGUCUAACGGGGCUCUGCUCUGCGGGGGCUCCCUGCUGGAGGACAGCUGGGUUGUGUCUGCUGCCCACUGCUUCGACAAGCUGCCCAGCUUGAGGAAUCUGUCAGUGGUGCUGGGUGAGCAUGACUUCAGUGAGGUUGAUGGGACUGAGCAGGUGCGAAAGGUGGCUCAGGUCAUCUUCCCAGAUGCAUACGUCCGAGGCCAGAUCGACCACGACAUUGUGCUGCUGCGGCUGCAGCAGCCCGUGAACCUCACGGACUCUGUGGUGCCCCUCUGCCUGCCUGACACGAGCUUCGCUAAGGGCACACUGAGCAAGAUCCGCUUCUCCCGCGUCAGCGGCUGGGGCCAGCUGCUGGACCGCGGCGCCAAGGCCCUGGAGCUCAUGGCCAUCGAUGUGCCGCGGCUAAUGAACCAGGACUGCCUGGAGCAGGCUCAGUGGAGGAACACCUCGCCGAUGAUCACCAAAAACAUGUUCUGUGCUGGCUACCUAGACGGCAGCAAGGACGCCUGCAAAGGGGACAGUGGGGGCCCGCACGCCACACAGUUCCGUGGCACGUGGUACCUGACGGGCGUGGUGAGCUGGGGUGAAGGCUGUGCAGCCGUGGGCCAGCCGGGCAUCUACACCAGGGUGGCCCAGUACACCGAGUGGCUGCGCAAGCUCAUGCACUCCCGGCCGGGGGGAAGCAUCCUGCGGGCCCCGCUGCUCUAGCCCCGUGCAGGUCCCUUUUGCUCCUGUGGCCGGGGCGGAGACCUGGGGCACUGAGAGCAGCCAAGAAGAACGGAGGCAAAACUGGAGGGAAAGACUCAGACUCCGGAGAUUAACACGGAGACCGAGAGAGGGGCUGAAGGGGAGCCCCAGGAGGCCGGGGCCAUUCGGGGCAUGAACACACACCCACACACAUACGCAUGCAUGCACACACAUGCGCGAGCCUGGGAGGCUGUCACCCCACUUCCCUCAUUCCUUCCUGUGCUCACCUCGCCCUCAGCUCCAUUAAACGGGAAAUGUUAUCCAUGAGUCAGGA